AGCACAAAUUCUCAUAGUUUCCAAGGACUAGUUUCUUGCAAAAUCACGAGCAAAUUAACAGUUAAUGGGUCGUUUGUCAUGUCACCCACUGACCGACCAUUUCCAAUAGAAGAAGCUAGAGGUUAAAUUUGCUUGACAAAAGGUCGCUUUGAGUGGCGACUGACCUCAAAUGGAAUGACAUACCAGUUCUGCUACAAUCCUCUGAAGGGUUGUUUGCUUACGAAGUUUAACGUGGGUGUCGGACAGAGAAGAGCCUGCCGAAGCUCUUGAACAAGUGCAGCGGGAGUGCAUGGCCACAACCGAUUGGCUUGAUGGGAGUGCACUCAUCAUCAGCUACCCUUAAACGGGCCAGCUUACGGAGACGGGCGUUCUCUCUCCGUCAAAACCGGGGCGGGAGGGGAGGGGGUCCAUUACUGGCGGCUCCGCCGGGCCGCCAGGCUCAGCAGAGCGCAGAAACCACCACCGACGACGUAGCGAAACCAUGGGACAUCGAGCGGAAACCGCCGGCCCCUGCCCACGAUACAAGAUGCGGGAGGGCCUUGAUUGGCCCUCGCUCCGAUGCCACGUCAUUGGCCUGCGGCCCUUCGACGAUCUCGAUGCCCCUCUGCCCAUCGCUCCACCCUCCCCCAUGCUGGUUGCCGCUGCUGUUGGGUGUCCACCUUUAUAUACGGACUCACUCUCUUUUCCCCUCAUCCCCGUCUUCUUCUCUGAGUCUCACAUCCUCGCUCACUUUUCCUUUCCAUUUCGGUGCUUAAUCGCUCUCGCUCAGGAUGUCUGCAUACCGCGGGAAGUACGCCGAUGAGCUCAUUGCCAACGCGGCCUACAUUGGCACCCCAGGAAAGGGUAUUCUUGCGGCCGACGAGAGCACGGGAACGAUCGGCAAGCGGCUUGCCAGCAUCAACGUUGAGAACGUCGAGUCGAACCGCCGCGCUCUCCGGGAGCUCCUCUUCUGCACCCCCGGCGCACUCCAGUACCUGAGCGGCGUCAUCCUCUUCGAGGAGACUCUCUACCAGAAGACCGCCUCGGGCAAGCCCUUCGUCGAGGUCCUCAAGGAAGGCGGAGUCCUCCCUGGCAUCAAGGUCGACAAGGGCACCGUCGAGCUCGCCGGCACAAACGGCGAGACCACCACUCAGGGCCUCGACGGCCUCGGCAAGAGGUGUGCCGAGUACUACAAGGCCGGCGCUCGCUUCGCCAAGUGGAGGGCCGUUCUCAAGAUCGGACCCAAUGAGCCCUCUGAGCUUGCCAUUCAGGAGAACGCUAAUGGCCUUGCUCGCUACGCCAUGAUCUGCCAGGAGAAUGGCCUUGUUCCCAUCGUCGAGCCUGAGAUCCUGGUCGACGGUGCUCACGACAUCGACCGCUGCGCUGACGUGACCGAGCGCGUCCUCGCCGCCUGCUACAAGGCGCUGAACGACCACCAUGUCCUCCUCGAGGGCUCCCUCCUCAAGCCCAACAUGGUCACCCCGGGCUCCGACGCACCCAAGGUUUCGCCGCAGAUGGUGGCUGAAUACACCGUCCGAGCACUCCAGAGAACCGUCCCUGCCGCUGUCCCCGCCAUCGUCUUCCUCUCAGGUGGCCAAAGCGAGGAAGAGGCCACCCUCAACCUGAACGCCAUGAACCAGCUCAACACCAAGAAGAUGUGGACUUUGUCCUUCUCCUUCGGUAGGGCCCUGCAGCAGAGUACACUCAAGAAGUGGCAGGGGAAGGAGGAUAACGUCGAGGCUGCUCAGGCGGCCUUCCUGUCCAGGUGCAAGGCCAACUCGGAGGCGACCUUGGGUGCAUAUAAGGGCGAUGCUGCUUUGGGAGAAGGCGUUUCUGAGAGUCUGCACGUUAAGAACUACAAGUACUAAGAAAGCAUGGUAGUCGGGAAGGCAGGGAGAAGAUUUUGUCUUCCCGUUUUCCUCUCUUUUCGAGUGUAGGUGGUAGUCGAUCAUAAGGAUGAGGCGGAGCUUGCUUUCCAGGAGGUGCUCUUGUGUGUUUUCCCCUUUUUUUCAGUAUUGUAGGGGGAGGAUUUUGUUUCUUUUCUAUGAGGUUUUGUUUGAUGUUGUCGACAAAAAGGCUUCCAUGGAUUAUGAACAAAUCUGCGAGUGAUGAGUUUUUGUUGGACUUUGUGAUUAAUGAAGUUGCUUUUGUUUUA